GUUCAUUCUACGCUCCUGCUUUUUUCUCUACGAAGCAAUCGCGCAAGAAUGCAGGCGCAGGAUUUUUAGUGGGAGAAUUCCUCGCAGCUUCCUAUCUACCGGGACAGCUAGUGACCUACCUAUGCCCUCAAGUAAUCACGUAGACAAAUUAAGAUACGGCCUCAUAUGCCUUUGUUACUUGCCGUAGGUACCUUACCUACAGUACCAGGUUCCAUUCACAUCUUCAUUACCUGAGGUGCCUACGUGAAGCUCUAGCCAGGAACAUAUACAAGAUCAAACAUUAUUUGCGUUACGUCACCCAUCUUCUGCACCUUCUGAGAACCUUCACUGUUUCCAUGGGCCUUGGACUCACGCCGUCUUCCCAGGUGGUGUUAGGCAAGGUACAACGAAGCUUUGGUCUCGAUCAACAACCUCCCCUCAUCAACGGCCAUUAGCUUCAGAAACGUUGACCAUACUCUUAAUUCGAGAUUAUUAUAAUUUAUUCUAUUUUGCACUUCCUCAUUCACUCGAUAUGCCCUCGGUUUGAUGCUUAAUUUCUAAAAUGGGUCAUCAUACCACUUGCUUAGCCUGCAUUCAGGCCUUGCUAGUAUCCUUCCUCAUUCACAGCAACACCGCAAUGGCGCUUUCAUGGCGAGGAGGGGGAGGUACGCAGCCAGCUAAGGACCCAGUUCCGAUCCUCGAGCCAAGCUCAGCACGACAGCUUCUUCAGUUCAAUACACAACCUUCAACAUCGUACGAGUUAGCGCUGAACGAACUAAAGGAACUCGAAUUUGAACCCUUAUGUCACCGGAUUGCAGCCCGUUUACUUGUGAAUAACUGCCAAGUCCUUGAAGGCAAAGACGAAGCCACCGUCCUAACCGACAGCGGCCGUAAAAUCAGGGACUUUGUUGACUCUUACGCUGCGAGCUUGGCAAUCUGUGAUCUGGAAAGAGGAAGAUUUGAAAUUCCGGGAGAGUGCGCAAAAUUUCAGGAGACAACUUUGAGUCAGUUACAAAUACGCAAUGUCGCACACCUACACGUAACAUCUGGCGAAAUUGAUGCGUGCCUCUCCGGUCUUGGCACCUCGGAUUCUGCGUGGAAUACUUGGGUAAGCUAUCGGCACAAAGCAUUAAGGUUCUGCGAAGCGGCAAGAGCCGAUAAUGAAAAAGCUCAAAAUAUCGUUCUGUUCCAACGCCUAACGAGGAUCAUGAGCAAACUAUCGGAUGACGUCGAUGUGAAGAUUGAGCAACGAAUGAACGAUAUUGAUAUGCGCGCACAGGUGGUUGGGGAGCGGGUUGAAAGUUUAUCUCCGCUUCUCCUAAAAUUACAACAGGAUCUCGAGUAUGUUGACCAUCAACUCUCCUACCAUCUGCUGCAGGAGAUCAAGAAAUCUCGAGAACAAGUAAACUCUGGGAUAGCAAGUGCAGCACAUCUAGAUAGAUUGUUGCAGGAAUUGUUGAAAGGAGUUGCCACCAGGGAUGCAGAAGCAGCAGCAAUUCAUGGCCAAUCCCUUCAGCUGAUGAACCAACGAGCAACAUCAGAGAUACAGAUUAUGACCGACGCUAUGGCGGCAGCUGUAGGAGCAACAAUAGCGCUUCAGGGUCAGAUAGAGGCCUCUCGUGUCCAAGCUGCUGAGUUGGAAUCUAGACAGGAUAGCUUGGAGCAGGGUAUGCAACGACUGAUCGACAUCUCGGAUACCUUAGCAAGCAAGUACGAUGUCCACACAAAUCUCCUAGAACAAGCUCAAAACGCCACGAACGAGAUACUUGACAUAUUAGAAGACACAGCAGCAUCAGCGACCGCUAUGGGCGAUAUAUUCUUAGGAACCUACUCACUGAAAUCAUGGUGGCCACAUAUCUGGUGCCCGGCGGUUUCAUUGGUUGUCGGUUCGUACGGUCUGCCUCCAUCUAUGCUGAGAAAUAUAGGAUUGCUUGCUCUAGGCGAAACAAUGGGUUUAAUCAUGUCUUACUCUACUUCCUUCUCUUUCGGUUUCAUUCCGAAGCCUGCAGAGUAUCUCGCGCAAUCAUUUACGAGACCCUUCCAAACCAAUGCUACGAACUAAGACAAAAUGAAGGCGACAUCUGAAUUAGACUUACCUGCUUCCUUUUUAACACCAUAGACAUGUACAAUACUGGGAAUAUAGGGCGCAACGGUAGCAUCGCAUGGGACAAUUCGGGGAAUUUACUAUUAUGAUCGGUGGAUGGAGGACAUUUUACGAGAAUAGAGCAUCUCACGAGGUCACGAAAUACCCCUGGAAGUAGUUUUAACGGAAGUCUACUAUCUAAUACGACUUCAAUAUAUUGCAUUCACCGCGUAUUUAACCUCAUCU